AAUUUUUACUGCAACUCAAACGGAGCGAGAAAGUCAAGAAUUCAGUCGGGUUGUUGACGCGUAAGCGAAUGGAUGAGCGUUUGGAGGUGGUACGAAGACGAGCCAAGUGUGUGAUUAAGAAAAAAAUUAUAAGUAUAAGGCAAAGUGAAGUAAGAGAAGGAUAAGAAUGGUGUAAAAAAUGUGGGAAUAAAUUAAAUAUUUUAGUGUUGAUUUUUAAAAAUUAAAAUGAAAAGUAUAAAGAAUUAUAAUCUGCUUCUAAAAAAUAAAAGCCUAAAAAAUUUUUUGUGAGAAAAAAAUUUAUAUACAGUAUUAAAGGGUGUGUAGUGAAAUAAAAAACUAUUUAUGUAAAAGAAAGUUUUAAAAUCCAAGAAUCAUAAAGGCAUUAAGCAAUUAAAAAAAAAAAAUCUCACAAAAAUCCCACACAAUUUCGCUUUUUUUCUAUUCUUCGUGAUUUUGUUUUUUUGCGCUGACUUGUCGUAUUAUUGUAUUAUUUAAUCCCAUUCUAGUCGAAUUCAUAUGCAUACAUGUAUGUAUGUAAGUAGUGUUCCUUAGGCAGUUUGUUAAAUGCUCGUAAUCAAUAAACCAAUAUGUCAUGUUCAUUCUUGUACUGCCGGCGUUUUCAAGUCAUCUGCGCUUAUAACAAUAUAAAUGGUUGUUGUUGUUGUCAUUCGUGUUCCAGCCAUGCCGUUCUAGUGCGUACAGAGCACCACACACUUAACUGUUGACAGAAGUGCCGCGCAGAAUUUUCGAUUCAGACCAAAAAGUGCGCUCAACAUAAACGGUCGUGGCCUAAAAAGCAGCGCGAAAAAGGUGGAGCGAAUUUUUCAAGAGAAAUCAUUAAUAAAAUUUAAAGGACAACUCGUCGUGCUUAUAAUUUAUAAUUUUUUUAAUAAAUUUUGAAAGUGUUAAAAAGUUAAAAAAUAUUCAAAAAUUAGCAAAAAAAUUUAGUGAAAAAAAAAUUAAAAUUUAGUUAAAUUAUCUAUAUUUUCAACAAUAUUUGUCGUAAAAGCGCGUAUUUUCCAAUUAGACAUCGCAUUUGGCUUGUGCCUCUUGUUUUUGGAUUCUGAAAUAUAUGCGCAUUUUUGUGUUUAUCACAAAAUGUCUAAAAUUUUAAAGACUCUGCUUUUAUUCUGCUCAUUAUGGCAUGCGAUAUUGUGCGCUGAACUCAAUACGACUGUGGCACAAGUGAAAUUAUUACCCGCAGACAUCGAGAAAGCGCUACUUUUGGCUAAUGCUGCCAAUACAACAGAGUCGGCGUCGUCGUCGGAGGAUACGGAAAUCAUCGAAGUUCCUGAAGAUGCUACGUAUUUGGUAGCAGCGGUUACCAACUCCUCCGAUGAGCAAAUACGUCGACGACGUCAGCUUUUUUACGAUCCCUCCCUAUUGUUGCUCACAAAUUAUGGCACUGAAGGUGGCAAAUGCAUUACUGCACGCGGUUAUGCCGGCAUUUGUAUGCGCUUUACUGGCUGUCAGCCGUAUUAUCGCGCCAAACGGCAGUUUAAUUUUCUUAAUCUACGUCAGUGGCCACAAGUGCCGAGUAUAGGACAGGAUGUCUGCAGUUUUUAUGAUCAGUUCGGACGGCCAAAUACGGGCAUCUGCUGUACAGGCACAUUUGUGGGUGGUGCCUAUCCUGGUGCUGGCGUGUUUCCACCUUUCAUUUAUCCAGGCGGUGUUAGUCCGCUGCCCACACCACCAGUCGAACCAACAGCGCCCACACAACCAGCGCUAGCCGAGGAGGAGUUUGAGGAAGAUAAGGAUGAAGAAGAUAUUAUUGAGUUGGAUCAUCCUACAGAAGUCGAUCCAUUAGUCGACCCUUUGCAUAAGCCGACAAGUGCUGAUAAGCCAGACACCAAUGUCGUUUACGAUCCCAUCAAUGAAGAUGUGGAUGAGAAAACAGAAACGACGACAGCAAAACCGGCAACGUUCUACAAUGAAUUCGCUUACCAAUGGCCGAACCAAUUUGGUAAUCAAUUCUCUAGCGUGCACCAAUGGCCACCACCGUUGCCGACACAUCCACCAUCGGCCGCCGUCUGGCCGCCUCCACUUCCAACACAUCCACCCAAUCAUCAUUAUCCAACACACGCUUCGGUGACCACAAAACCAAGCACGCCAGCAAACUCACCGUCAGUAACCACACGUCGCACCACUACACGACGUCCAACAGCUGUGACUACACCACGUCCGGUGCCGACUACGACACGCCGUCCAAGCUAUCCUAGUUACCCAGCAUACCCUGGCUACCCAAAUUACCCCAGCUACCCGACGUACCGUCCAACUGCUGCUCCCACAACAACAACGCGACGUCCGACCACACCGAUUUCAAGCGGCUCGUCGAAUUACGGCUUGCCUGCACAAUGUGGCAUUAAGAAUCCCGCAGCGCCGGAUCAAGAACGUAUUGUGGGCGGCACAAAUGCCAGUCCGAAUGAAUUCCCAUGGAUUGCGGUAUUAUUCAAAUCGGGCAAACAGUUUUGUGGUGGCAGUGUAAUAACGAAUAAUCAUAUUUUGACAGCGGCGCAUUGUGUCUCCAGAAUGACCUCGUGGGAUGUGGCGGCACUGACGGCACAUCUCGGCGACUACGAUAUACGUACCAAUUACGAGGUACAACAUGUUGUACGCCGUAUCAAACGUUUGGUGCGUCACAAAGGCUUCGAUUUUAGCACACUGCACAACGACAUCGCCAUAUUGACUGUAAAUGAACCCAUAAAAUUCACUUAUGAGGUCCAACCCAUUUGCCUGCCCAGCUCAAGCAGUCAGUUGAGUCGUAGCUACAGCGGUAAGGUAGCAACAGUUGCAGGCUGGGGCAGCUUGCGUGAGAACGGUCCACAGCCGUCAAUUCUGCAGAAAGUACAGAUACCCAUUUGGGCGAAUCAUGAUUGCGCGCGGAAAUAUGGACGUGCGGCGCCGGGUGGCAUCAUCGAAUCGAUGGUGUGUGCCGGCCAGGCGUCCAAGGAUUCGUGUAGUGGUGACUCUGGCGGUCCUUUGAUCGUCAAUGAGGGCGGACGCUAUACACAGGUCGGCAUCGUGUCGUGGGGCAUUGGCUGUGGCAAAGGCGAAUAUCCGGGCGUGUAUACGAGAAUCACCUCAUUAUUGCCAUGGAUUUACAAAAAUAUUAAAUAGUACGAAUAACAUAUAAAGCUGAAAAUAAAACCGAAAACAAAGUGAUAAUUUUUAUACAAAUCGAUUUCUAGAUUUCUAUAGUAUUAUUUGUAUAGAUGGAAUGAAUAAAUUACUAUGCG